AUGGAACUUUCCACACGAGAAAUUUGCCUCAACUUCAUGGUUGUCCUGGUUACUGUAAUCCUCAUGUGGCUCCUUGUGAAGUCCUAUCAGGAUUGA